AACUACUGAGAAUAAAAUUCAUAAAAAAAAAUCAUUUGAUAAAAAGAAGUAAAGAACUAAAAGAAUGGUAAUUUCUAAGUAAACGCCAUAAAAGUAAGUAAAAGUGAGUACCUUGGAGACUUUGAUGCAAUCUGGAAGAUGGCCAUGACCGUUGCUCCUACGUAUAAGAAAACCCCGCCAAAACUCCAUUACUGAAUCUCUCUUGAUCUCAAGCUCUCUCCAAUGGCGGAAGAAGCCGUAUCCUCAACGUCAAUCCUCUUCUUCAUCUUCAUCUUCAUCUUCAUCCUCUCUUUAUCCCAAGUUGAAUCACAAACACCAUCAGAUGAAAAGCAAACUCUUUUACGGAUCAAGAGCGAGUGGGGAAACCCAGGCAAUCUCUCCUCAUGGAGCAACUCCAGUUCUCUCCAUUACUGUUCCUGGGUUGGCGUCCAAUGUAAUAAUGGGAGCUCUGUCAUCAAUCUCACCCUCUCCGGCUUGAACAUCGCCGGACCAAUCCCAGACUCCGUUUGCGACCUCAAGAACCUCACAGUUCUCGACCUCAACACUAAUAACAUCCCUGGACCAUUCCCAACCUCGCUCUACAACUGUGCUAAUCUCCAGUACCUUGAUCUUUCUCAGAACCUCUUUGUUGGAGUCAUUCCGUCGAGCAUCUGGCGGUUGUCUUCGGCCCUCACCGUCCUGAUCCUCUCGGCCAAUAACUUCUCUGGCGACGUGCCCAGCAUCAUUGCCCAACUCAAAGCGCUCCAAGUUCUCCGUCUCGAUAACAAUCUAUUCAAUGGAACCUUCCCUUCCGAGCUUGGCGAGCUUCAAAACCUUGAGCAGCUCUGGCUCGCCUACAAUCCCUUUGCUCCUGCAAGCAUUCCGGAAGAGUUUGGCAAUCUGACCAAGCUGAGCUUUUUAUUCAUGGCGAAUAUGAGUUUAGUGGGUGAAAUCCCUGAGACUCUGGGGAAACUGGGGGAGAUCGUUCAACUAGAUCUCUCGGAAAACUCCAUCAAUGGCGCAAUCCCUCAUAGCAUAUGGAUGCUGAAGAACAUUCAGUAUUUGUAUCUAUAUAAGAAUAGAUUGUCAGGAGAGAUUGAUCCAGAGAUUGAAGCAUUGAAUUUGGUGGAGAUUGAUAUUUCCAUUAAUCAAUUGAAUGGAUCAAUACCUGAGGGUUUUGGGCAGCUGAAGAACCUGAAGAAGCUGCUUCUCUACUGGAACCGGUUCUCCGGCGAGAUCCCGAGAAGCAUCGCCUUGCUUCCCAAUCUCUACGAUGUCCGACUCUUCAACAAUAGCUUGACUGGAACCCUACCGUCGGAGCUGGGUAAACACUCUCCGCUCUGGAAUCUCGAGGUCGAUGAUAACCAGCUCUCCGGCGAGCUCCCUGAUGGCCUCUGCGCACUUGGUGGGUUCUCUUCCCUCGUCGUCUUUAACAACAAUUUCAACGGGAGCCUUCCGACGACGCUCGGUGAGUGCUCGACGCUGAACAAUCUCCAGAUCUACAACAAUCAUUUCACUGGCUUGUUUCCGCAAGGGAUCUGGUCUGCGGUGAAUCUCACCACCUUGAUCAUGCGCGGCAAUGGCCUCUCCGGCGAGCUACCGUCGGAUCUCCCGUGGAACAUCACCCGCCUCGAGAUCCAAGACAACCGCUUCUCCGGCAAGAUCCCCUCCUCGGCAGGAAAACUCUUAGUCUUCAGGGCCGGAAACAACCAGCUCUCCGGCGAGCUUCCGACGGACAUCACCGGGAUAUCGAAUCUCCAGAUCCUUUCUCUUUCCGGGAACCAGAUCACCGGCGUGAUCCCGUCCGGGAUCUCGACGCUGACUUCGCUGACGGAUCUCGAUCUCAGCAACAACCAGCUCUCCGGUGAGAUCCCGGCGUCGAUCGCAAAGCUCCCGGUUCUCACCUCCUUGGACCUCUCGAUGAACCAGCUCUCCGGCGAGAUUCCGGCAGUCAUCGGCGAGCUAAAGCUCAACUUCCUCAACCUCUCAUCCAACCGUUUAUCUGGCCAGAUCCCGAUCUCGAUGGAUAACACGGCGAACGCCCAUAGCUUCUCAGCAAACCCAGACCUUUGCUCCUACGAUCCUAUGUUUAACAUCGGCUCAUGUGGCCACGGAUCGGACGGCUCAAGCAGGAUUUCGACCACGGGGAUCGUGAUCGUGACCGUUGCUGGCCUGGCCCUGGUGAUCUUAAUCACCUUCUUGUUCCUGAUGAUCAGAGACAAACGGAGGAGAAAGGACGGUAAAGAUCUCGCCGCGUGGAAGGUGACAUCUUUCCAGCCCUUGGAUUUCACAGAGACAACCAUCUUGAGGGGGAUCAAGGAGGAGAACCAGAUCGGGUGCGGUGGCUCCGGGAGAGUCUACCGCGUGGCCAUCGGAAGUUGUGCUAGAGAAAUCGUGGCCGUUAAAAGUAUAUGGACCGGAACCAAACUGGAUGCGAAACUGGAGAAGGAGUUCCAAUCUGAGGUCAAGAUUUUGGGUUCAAUAAAGCAUGCAAAUAUUGUCAAACUCUUGUGUUGCAUCUCCAGUCCUGAGUCUAAAUUACUGGUCUAUGAGUAUAUGGCAAACAUGAGUUUGUACUGUUGGCUUCACGGUGAUCACCGGAGAGCCAGGGUUGGAUCACAGCCGUUGGAUUGGCCGAUAAGGUUGCGAAUAGCCAUUGGGGUGGCGCAGGGUUUGUGUUACAUGCACAAUGACUGUACUCCGGCGAUCAUUCACCGGGAUAUUAAGUCUAGUAACAUACUCUUGGAUUCAGAGUUCAAGGCUAAGAUUGCGGACUUUGGGUUAGCCCAAAUGCUGGUUGAGGCCGGCCAGUCUAAUUCGGUGUCUGAAUUCGCUGGUUCUAUUGGUUACAUGGCUCCAGAAUGUGCUUACUCAAUGAAGGUGAAUGAGAAGGUGGAUGUGUAUAGCUUUGGAGUGGUGCUUUUGGAGCUGGUAACUGGGAGAGAGGCUAGUGAUGGAGGUAAGGAUGGAAGUUUGGUAGAGUGGGCAUGGAAAUACAUUCAGGAAGGGAACAAAGUGGUGGAUGCUAUUGAUGAGAGAAUAAGAGAUCCAGCUUAUUUGGAUGAGAUGGCAGUGGUGUUGAGAUUAGGCUUGAUUUGCACUGGAACAUUGCCAUCAACCAGGCCUUCUAUGAAGGAUGUGCUAGAAGUCUUGCUCCGGUGUAACCAGAUGCCGGCCGGCUUCACAGAUAAGAGUCUCAGGGAGUCGGAUCAAGCGCCUCUUUUGCAGACCAAGAAGGUUAAGGGUAGUAGGCAUAUAGCAUUCUCAAGUUCUAGUUCCAGCGAAGAUAAUGAAGAGGAUGAUAGUACAUUAGCAAGCAAUGUUUGAAAAAAAUAAUAAUAAAUGGUGAACCGUGAGGCAACCUGUUUUCAAUGUCCUGCUGUAAAAUACCAACCAUAGUUGAAGAGUAUAGAAAUUAUAGCAUGUCCGCUAUAAGCUUUUUCUAUUUUA